AUGGGACGCGACGCGCGACCGACGCGUGGGGUGGCGUGGGAUGAAGAUAAUCUGGCGAAGAAUUUCGCCGAGCGGAGCGCGACGAUGACGAUCGAUGAGAUCGAAACCCCGUGGCACUCGCCGCCGAGGGAGUUGUUUCACGAUUUAGUGCUCGACGACGACCGAGAAGUAGGGCGCGAGCGCUCGGGGGGGGCGGCGGAGGCGUUGGCGGAGCGCGAGCGGACGCAUCGAGAGGUUUUGGCCAAGUUGGACGCGUUGGUGCGACGAGACGUGCGAGAGCGCGCGGGGGUGGAGAGGGACGAUGGGAACGUCGAGAUGGAGGCGGAUGGACGAUCGACGAUGCGUGGGGAAGCGCGUUCGGGAUCGGCGGUUCCGGCGUCGCCGGAACGAGGGUCGAAUAAGCGCGCGCCGGUGCGGUUUCACGAUCCGGACGUAAACGAGGAAGAUUUAGAGGACGACGAGGAGGUGACGAAGAAACGUUUGUUCGAGGCGAAGCGUAAGGCGUUUCAGUGCAAGGGGCGCGCGACGAAGCGGUUCGAGGAGGGCGCCGAGUGA